GAUGGCAGCUCCCAUUAAACCUAAACACGUAUACACCGUUCUGGUCAUUGCUACCAUUUUUACGCAAGCGAACGGAUUUUUAGAGGGAUUGUAUUGUGGCCAAGAAAACUGCUAUGAUGUCAUUGGUGUCACAAGAGAUGCAACCAAGCAAGAAAUCACAAAAGCCUACAGGCAGUUGGCUAAGAAGUUGCACCCUGACAUGCACAAGAGUGCAGCAGACAAGGAAAUUUAUGGAGAAAAAUUUCAGGCCCUUGGAAAUGCCUAUGAGAUUUUGAAAGAUGAGGAACAAAGAAAAGAUUAUGAUUAUAUGCUUGAUAAUCCAGAACUUGUGUACCGCCAUUACUACAGAUACUACAGACGGCGUGUGGCUCCCAAAGUUGAUGUGCGCGUUGUGAUCGCUGUGACCAUUACAAUUAUUUCUGCUAUACAGUAUCUGAGUGCUUGGAACAAGUACAAUGCAGCAAUCAACUAUCUAGUCACUGUGCCCAAGUAUCGUAUCCGGGCAUCAGAGAUUGCGAAGGAGGAAGGUUUAUUCGAUCAGCUGAAGAAGCAGAAACGAAGACCAAAGGAAGAGGUGAAACAAGAGGAAGAAGCUAUCAUAAAGCGAGUGGUCGAGGGAAACAUGGAUAUUAAAGGUGGCUAUGCAAGACCAAGCAUUUAUGAUGUCUUAUGGAUGAAAAUUAUAUUAUUGCCCUAUGCUAUAGGAAAGUAUAUUAUCUGGUGGCUGAACUGGGUUUGGCGAUUUACUGUCAAGCAGGAGCCAUAUGAUAUAGAUGCCAAGAUAUAUCUCAUCAGGAAGAAUCUUAAAUUGAGUGAAACACAAUUUGAAGCCAUUCCAGAGCGGGAACGAGAGGAAUAUCUACGGAGACAGUUAUGGGAGAAGGAAAAGUUUAAGGCAUGGCAGAAAGAGAAGGGUGAGGAAAUGAGAAUCAAACUUGCAUCAAGUGCACGCUACAAGAGUUAUCGCCGCUGGAUGAAGAACCAGGGACCAGGAGGAAUAACAUUUGAUGACUAGUGUUCGGGCCUCUGUUCACACACACACGACACACGCACGCACGCACGCACACACAAACAAACACGAGCACAAACAUGAUCAGACAUGCACAGAUUACGUGUAUGAGUGUCUGUGAGUGUGUGCGUGCGUACAUGAGCAAACAUGCAAGCUUGAGCAAGAAUUCUGGUCUCUUCAUAUAUAAUAUAUAUAUAUAAUAAAAUAUAUAUUAUAUAUAUGUUCAUGUGCAUAUUUAUAGGCCUUUUACCUUGGAACCAUGGAUUGAUUAGCAGUUCAAUAGCCUCUUAUACAGACGAUAGGGUCACUUUGCAUAAAUCAUAGUCAGAGCUCACCGUGUGGCACUUUCUGCCUUGUGUCACUGUAUUAUUAUAACAAAUACAAUAACGGGUGAUUAUUGUUUUCUCGGAAUUUUUGCCUUAAGUUAAACUACAAAUUAACCUUCAGUAAGUGAUUACCAUUUUAUUUUUACAAGUAAUAUUCUUUGAAUACAUCCCACCAGCAGUGCUUGUAUAGUAUGGAGCUGUUAUUUCGUCAGACGGGUUUAGUUUUUGUCUCUCUUUAUUUGGUACAUAAUUUAUCCGCUUUGUAAUACGUCGAAUGUUUGGGUGUUGUGGUUUCUAAUGUGAUAAACGCUUUAUACUGUAUUCCCUUUCUUUCAGCGUAUGUAAUGUGUUUGUUGGUAACAAUGGUACAAAUCAAAAUAGCAUCACUAAAUACCGAGGCUAACACGUCUAGCAUUUUUAUACUAGACGGAUAUGGGGGUCAUGGUAAAAAACACCGCAGUAUGGAGGUGAAGGAUCAAAGGUCAGCAGGUGGGAGAAUCAUAAAAUUCACAUUUUACCUUGCUCAUUUGUUAAGCCUGGCGCACACGUGAGUUAUUUUACUCAAGUAAAAUGACGCAUGAGUCAAAUUACUCAACGAAAAUC